AUGCAAGGAUUGGUUGCAAAGUUACUUUUUCAUCACUGUGGUAACUGGACAGUCACUAAACAAGGCAGUCGCUAAACGAGGACUACCUGUAAUGACAAAAGUUUAAAACACACCUAAUUAAAGUAAGGUUUGCUACUACAAGAUACACAAUAGUGACUCACAUCCGCUUCACCUUGCAGUUAGAUUACUGAAGUGUACUUCACAUCCAGCUACCCUUGAGGAUAACAUGGAAGCUGCAAUUGGUGCAGAAUUCAGCAGCCAAACUGUUGACAGGAAGUAUGUUCAGCAGUGUUCCCUCUGUCAUGAAGUCUCUUCACAAGUUACCAAUGGACUUCCAGACCAAACUUGAGGAACUUUGCACUGUAUAUUUGCAGGAUCACCUCUCCUGGCCAGGACCUGUCCCCCUGGGAGUUCCCUGCAGGAUGGGCUGCUCAAGGUGCUACCCCACAUGAGCUUUAGUGGGAUAGGAGCUGGGAGAUGACAUUCUUUGUGGAAAGGGAGCUCUCUCUUUGCUCGCAUUCUGCAAAGCAGUGAAGUCUAUUUUAUUCUAAUCAGCUUUUGGGGUGGAUAAUAGAUGACUUUAAAAAGGGGGGAAUUAGAGGUACGCAUGGUGACGUUUCUGGCUGCAUGGGGUACUUACUCUGAAACUAGUUGUUAAAAGUAAGGCAAGCUAUGGCACCCUGAUCCAUCUGCUUGGCAACUGGCUGAUCUGAGGUCAGAUUCAGCCUCAAGACUUAUGGUCAGAAAAGCUGGUCUCAAACAGUGAAGAUCACCUAUCUGCCUUAUAAGGACAUUCUCAAACUUGGCCACACCUCCUCUCUUUAAAUUUUUAAUUUAAUUUAAAUAGAUGCUUAAUAGCACAACCAUGAAGAACAAAAGGAAAAAGAAACAAAGAAAUUGAGAUUUAUAUACUUUGUAAAAUUGAACAAGAAUUUUCAAAAUAACAUUAAAUCACUAAAGUAAUCUUCACUUACUGGAAUUGAAUCAAUAGUCGAUGUUCAACAAAAGUAGCCAAUAGAGAAGAACCAUCUAUCAGAAUCAAAAAGUAUUUAAAAUUUCUAUCAAAUUUAAGAGAUCCGUCCUUAUAAAAGAACAGACAAGAUCUACAUUUUAAAACCUAAAUAUUGGAGGUUUGGCCACGCCUUUUCAGAUGCUUCUGGCUACGCCAUAAAUUGGUGGCUGAAACCCACAGAAGUUCCAGUUGAAGCUGUCAGAACGGGAAGCCAUGGGUGACUCACGACCAGAGGAGCAGCCGGUUCAGCCUGGCGUGGUGGUGCAGUCGGAAGAUGGAAACGAGGCCUGGCCCCAGGGAGCCAUCUUCAAGUCGCGACUCUGGGAUGUAAACCAGAAAUCCAUCUACCUUCAGAAUAAUGAACUAAUAGCUGGAUACUUGCAAGCCCCCAACUCUGCACUGGAAGAGAAGAUUUACUGGGUCCGCAACCAGGCCUUUGGCCGAGAGAACUUUCCUGUCAUCCUCGGCAUUCGGGGAGGGAAGAGCUGCCUGGCCUGCUCUCCCGGGGCCUGGCCUGAGCUGCAGCUGGAGAGUGUCAACAUCAUGGAUCUGCACAGAGACAGAGAGGCCUCCACCCGCUUUACCUUCUUCCUGUCUAAUAAAGACGGAAUAUGGCGGUUUGAGUCAGCUGCCCAUCCAGGGUGGUUCCUCUGCACUUCUUCCAAAGCCAACGAACCCAUUGGCCUGAUAAAGAAUCCAGGACCAUCUCAUCUGGUGGACUUCUAUUUUCAGCCUGAAUCUUAGCUGGCCUCCCCAACUCCCUUCACAGUACAAAGUCCACUCCUUAACUGCAGGAUCUCGCAGCUGCUCCUUUCUCUGUAAGGAUAUGCACGUACUUUUCAGGAAAAUUUCUGGAGUGGGUCAUUUCUCAGGAUGACAAAGCAACGAGGGAAAGAGAUGCAGUGUCUCAAGAAUAACAGGGAUAUUCAUAGCUCACUUUCUGGAUUCAGAAGUGCAGGCUUCGCAGCUAACGGCCACAGAGUCAUCUGCAGACCCCUAAAGCUAUGAGUGCAAAAACUGUUAGCCUGUUUAUAGGUUCUGAUUUCCCAGAAAGAGAAAUAACUUAGAACAUUUAAAGUAACUGUAUUUACUACAUUUAAUUCUCAUUAUUUCAAAAUGUGCAUUAAAUGAAAAAUUCA